AGUGUAGUGACGGUGACGCGAUCACCAGAUGUCAGAUAACUUUGUUCAACCGGCUGCCACCGAUCAACGGUUUAAGAAGUCGAUCGCGUUCGUGAUUUUCAACUACGAGAAAUCUACCAUGCCGUAAAGGCGGUUUGUGAUUAUGAUUAACAAGUGACUUAUGUAUGUAUUGUAGAAUUACCCCGUAAACGUCAUUUAUCAUUUGUUGAACAUUUUUAGGCAUUAUUAAUUUAGUGUUAAUUAUAUAAGACUGUGUGAUAUCGGAAAAAUACCACCUAAAGUGUUGAUAGUAUAUCAAAAAUUAUUGAAAAAAAUUAUAUACAUACAUAUAACGCAUGCACUUACAUAUACAUAUGUAUAUAAUAUGCGUAUGACAUCAAGAUAAAACUAAAAAUGGAUAGAACAAUGUAUGGAAAAUUUGAUCCUGGCGCUAGGCAGCCAUAUCGUACAAUACGAGCGAAAGGAAUACAACCCGGAUAUGCACUUCUUGCCGAUCUCCAGAGCAGCGUGCCUGGCAGUCGCCAACCACCACAGUACAAUACCUCAAAAGUGAAUUAUGGCGACAGUUCUGGAUAUGGUAGUUUGCGUGGAAAAGCAGCACCUUCACCUGUACAUCAGGAACAUUAUAGUGUAACCGAAACCCGUACUUCAGCGUCACCGCCUAGACACGUUGGCGGCUAUAAUGGCCUGAGCAGCGGAAUUGGAAGUUCACCAGUUGGUCAGUCAUAUAAUUACCAAAAUCAAGGUAGUCUUGGACGUAGUGGUGGUGCUUACAAUGGUUCGCCAGUGCAACAAAACUCGAAAAAUCUAUCAGAAUUGGAUUCGCUGCUAGAGGAUUUGAGUAAUGCUAGAUAUAAUAGCAAUUAUGAGAAGAAAGAGAAUAUUGUGCCAACUAGCUACAAUUCUAUCUCCAAGUAUAAUACCUAUAAUUCCAGCGAUGAGCGGCCAACCAUUGAUAGUCUGCUUAGUGAAAUGGACAAUGCUUCCAAUUACGCAGUACCUAACGGCCUUACUAAGUCACCAACUCCUGGGCGGCAUGUUAGUAUUACAGUACGUGAAACUAAAACGGAGACUCUCGCACCGGAAGGACCUGUUGUAGAAAAAGAAAUCGUUCAACAUAAUGACAUUUACACGACAAAUCAGGCGGCGCCUACUGGUUAUGCCUCGUCCGCUACUAAGGAGUUAGAUGAUUUAAUGGCAUCGCUGUCGGAUUUCAAGGUUAACAACGGCUCUAACCAUCAUCACCAGACUGUAACCGACUACGCUAAGCCGAAUAAGGGUGUAUCACAUUUAACACAAACCAUCACCGAAACUACUACUUCUACCGUCGUAGAAGAUAACGAACCAGAUCAGUUGGAUUCUAUGCUUGGCAGUUUACAAGCCAAUAUGAGUCGUCAAGGAGUUAAUACCGUACAAAAGGGCUGCUGCAAUGCCUGCGAAAAGCCAAUUGUUGGUCAAGUGAUCACAGCAUUGGGAAAGACCUGGCAUCCGGAGCAUUUCACAUGCAACCACUGCAAUCAGGAAUUGGGCACACGUAAUUUCUUUGAACGCGACGGCUUCCCCUACUGCGAACCGGAUUAUCACAAUUUGUUCAGCCCACGCUGUGCAUACUGCAACGGAGCUAUUUUAGAUAAAUGUGUGACAGCUUUGGACAAGACAUGGCAUACGGAACAUUUCUUCUGUGCACAGUGUGGACAGCAAUUCGGUGAAGAUGGCUUCCAUGAGCGCGAUGGCAAACCCUAUUGCCGCAAUGAUUACUUCGAAAUGUUUGCGCCCAAGUGCAAUGGCUGCAAUCGUGCCAUUAUGGAGAACUAUAUCUCCGCGUUGAACUCACAAUGGCAUCCUGAUUGCUUUGUCUGCCGGGACUGUCGGCGGCCCUUCCAAGGUGGCUCUUUCUUCGAUCAUGAAGGUCUACCCUAUUGCGAGACACAUUACCAUGCUAAACGCGGCUCAUUAUGUGCCGGUUGCUCGAAACCCAUCACUGGACGUUGUAUUACUGCCAUGUUCAAGAAGUUCCAUCCGGAACACUUUGUGUGCGCCUUUUGCUUGAAGCAGUUGAAUAAGGGCACAUUCAAGGAACAAAACGACAAGCCAUAUUGCCAUGAAUGUUUUGAAAAAGUUUUUGGAUAAAUAGUUUAACUAAAAGUGUAAAGGAAUAGUCACGACUUCACACAUACCUACGAACAAUGUAUGAAUACAUAAAUAAUAUGUAUGCAAACAGUAACAAUGUUGACGAAAAAAUUAACUUUUUUUUAUAUGUAUGUAUAUGAAUUCUAAAAAAAA